AUGGCGGCAAAUGGGUCUAGUGGUGAUCGGACGGCGGCGGCGGAGGCAGAAGUGAAAGCGGUUGGAGGGAGGGAAGAAUUGCUGUUGAGUAGAUUGCCGAAAUGGAUUCAUGUUCCACCUUCAGAGUCUUUUCAAUAUAUAGUCGGCGAUGAUCAAGGAUGGUCCAUUCCAUCUGGUUCAGAUAUUGGAUACUAUAAUAAAUGGGCAUCUAAUCACAGAUUCAGAGUCGAAGAUACUCUCCGGUUCAAUUAUAAAGACGAUUCUGUAUUGGUGGUGACUCAAGAUGAUUAUGACAAAUGUUUGUCUACUCAACCUAUCUACUUUUCUAACGACGGCAACACUACUGUCUUUACUCUUGAUAGUCCGGUCAUGUUUUAUUUCAUCAGUGGUGUCUCCGGUCAUUGUGAAAGAGGUCAGAAAAUGAUAGUAAAAGUCUUGGAGGAACACGAAACUUCUUCAUCGCCACCGCCGAGUGAUGAAACUGCCAAUAGCAGCAGCUCGUCGUCUUCGUCGCUUAGAUUAAUGGCGCCUCU